UACACCUCGUUCCCCUGAAACAAGCGCUUACAUAUACUGGAAAAUUUUACCAUAGCAAACCACCUCAUUUAAAACGCAAAACGAAAGCUACUAAAGGAAUGACGUUUACAUUAUUGGAGAAGAACCAGUGUAUUUACUUGCUUCGUAGAGUGGGAUAUUUAUUUAAAUGUUGUCUUCAAAGAUACUAGAGGUCUCGUAACAAUUAUACAAUAUUUUUCUCUCUAUAAGUCUCUUUCUUAAAAUGAGUUUUUCUUCGUCUAAACGUCGACAAGAAGUGGUGGAGGGAGCUGGGCGGCCGAAAGAGGUGGUUGGAAAGCGCGGUGGAUUCGUGGAUGAGUAUGAGAAGCAAAGGCAAUUGACAAAGCUGUUGAUGAAUGUGAAUAUUGAGAAGAGUUUGGGUCCUGUGAAGGUGGUGAUAUCGCCGGAAAAUACCGUUGGCGACUUGAUAAAGGCGGCGAUAGAGAUUUACGGGAAGGAGAAGCGGCGGCCAUUGUUGGAUGAUACUGAUCCCAGGUGUUUCGAGCUUCAUUAUUCCCAGUUUAGUCUUCAGAGCUUGAAGCCAUAUGAGAAGUUGAUGAACUUGGGUUCAAGAAAUUUCUUUUUAUGUCUAAAAUCUGCUGUAACUGCAUCUUCUUCUGACAAAGCAAAGGCAGCAGACAAUUAGUCUCCAUUUCCUAUGAAAUUUUUUUAUUUCAUGUAUUUCUUACUCUAAAAUUUCAUUGGACGAGAACUAAUAUCCUCCUAUCCAGACCAUUCUGCACUACUUUUGAUCAACCAUUGUAAAUAAAAUUUGUUUUGAGUUGGUUAA